AUGGCGCCCCACUCCCCGCAAUCCAGCCCAGCUCCCAUUCCAUGCACACUCUGGGCACACGAUGAUCUCCAUUCCUUGUUGCGCAAGAGUCAGGAUAAACCUCCCCCUGACGGAUGCGAGUCUGGCCUCGCCGUAGACGACUCCAUCCCCAUCGGAGAAAUUGCCCCAUCCCGAUGGCGCUCCCUGUGGCGUCGAGUCGCGACCGCCUCCCGCUUCUCGUCCUCCGCCAAUACAGAGUCCGAUGAUGCGCUGCCGCUGCUUACCUCGCCUAGUCAGCCACCCAUCUCGGCCCACAAGCUCAGGAAGGACUUGGCAACCUCCAGGCACUUCUCUCGUUGUUGGUUGUACCCUCUACUGGGUUUCUUUGUCAUGCUCGGGGUUGUCCAGUUUGCUGCCAUAGCCUGCGGAAUAGCCAUCUCCUUCUUCCCCGAUGAUGUCGACCGCGCAGCGGACCGCUGGCGUCUCUCACACAAAGGCUCGAGCGAGGACGCGUCGCAUUGGCCGACGGCCAUCUCGAAAGAUAUCCGCCUGGUCGGGUGUCACUCGCACAAUGACUACUGGCGUCCGGUCCCCCUCUUCUCUGCGCUCCAAGCGGGCUGUGUUGGCGUUGAGGCCGACGUCUGGCUCUUCGGCGAUGAUCUCUAUGUCGGCCAUUCUACCUCUGCUCUCACCCCACAGCGCACCCUGAGGAACCUGUACCUCGAACCGCUGCUCAGGAUCCUGGACCGGCAAAACCCUACCACAGCAUUCCAUCCCAGUUUAAGUAAGCCCUUGCAAGGCGUCUUCGACACGGACCUAUCACAGAGUCUGAUCCUACUUGUCGAUAUCAAGACCGAUGGCCUACAAACCUGGCAUCAGGUAUCCGCGCAGCUCUCCCCACUGCGCGAGCGAGGCUACCUCACCCACUACAACGGCACAGACCUAGUCAACAGACCAGUCACCGUCGUCGGAACAGGUAACACGCCUUUCAACAUGGUAAUAGCAAACACCACCUACCGCGACAUAUUCUUCGACGCCCCGCUAGAAGUCUUUACCGCAGGCAGCGACAACGAGCACCAAGAAGCUGCCAUUACAAACCCACCCGCCAAGAACGCCGGCCAAGGGCUCUCCGGCCUGUCCGGCGCAGCCAUCACCCCCAACAGCUUCAACUGGACCAACAGCUACUACGCGUCGGUGUCUUUCAAGAAGUCGAUCGGGCAGCCGUGGCUGUUCCGUCUCAGAGAGCGACAGCUCAGUAAGAUGCGGGCCCAAAUCCAGGCUGCGCACGACCGGGGUCUCAAGGUGCGGUAUUGGGCGCUGGCGAGCUGGCCGCGCAGUCUGCGCAAUUAUCUCUGGAGGGUGCUGACUCGUGAGGGAGUCGAUGUUUUAAAUGUGGAUGAUCUUCGGAGUGCUGCGAAGGGCGAUUGGAGACUUGAGGUGUCGGACUGGUGGGGCUGA